AUGGCGGGAUCUCUAACAGCAUCAACCCACCAGCAGCACCACCGAGGAAACGCGGAGGCUUCAGAAAUUUCCCGAUGGGUGAUCGGCUUUGCUCGUUUCGUUCCGUAUCCCUCUGUUCCCUCUCCGUAUCCAGGACUGGUUCAUCUCGGGAAAAGAGAGCUGAAGCCGUCGCCCGAUGGGACGUGGUUGUCGACGUCUUCUUCGACGGUGUCUCUCCAGUUGGCGGACGAUGUUAACAGAUCCGAUGUGAUUCUCUCCGUCGACCUCGGCGGUGUCGUCCUUGAAGAACACUACAUUUCAAAGCUGAAUUUCUCAUGGCCUCAGAUGUCGUGCGUUUCUGGGUUUCCACCUCGCGGUAGCCGAGCGAUUUUCGUUAGCUAUACGGAUUCUGAAAACGAGAUGUCGUGCGUUUCUGGGUUUCCACCUCGCGGUAGCCGAGCGAUUUUCGUUAGCUAUACGGAUUCUGAAAACGAGAUUCAAAAAUUCGCUUUAAGGUUUUCCACAUGUGAUGCAGCUGUGACCUUUGUGGCAGCUCUUAAGGAGAAACUCAAAGGUUCAGAGGAAGCUGGGAACCAGAAAAGUGAUACUAGGUCCGAGAUUUCAUUCCAGUCAAAUGAAAUUGUCUGCAGAGCCACUGAGGAAGAGCCAAACAUGGUAAGGACUCUUGAGUAG